GUACAUAGCGGAGCAAACAAAAAUAUUUACACAAUGUCGAGAAACCAAAUAGUUACACGGCUUUCUGAAGCCCAAGAUCUGUAUAAAAGACCUGCUCUGACGCAGAUUCAAGCACAGCACGUUACCAUGCGCUUCUCAUUCGUUCUCCUUCUCGCGGUCCUCGGCUGCUUCCUGCUGGCCCAGGAGAGUGGCGCUGCCACAGGCACGACCACAACAGUCGCAGCUACAACUACUGUCGCGUCCACGGCCACCACAACAGUCGCUCCUUCCACCGCAACCACCACCGUUGCCUCUUCGACCUCCGACACGACCACAGCGUCCUCAUCAUCUUCAGGCUCCAACUCCGCAGCGGCCAGGCGUCGCCGACGUCGCCGUCGUUUGGCUCGUCAGCGACAGCGCCGUGAGCGCCAGAGGCAGCGCCAGACCCAGAGGCUCCGCAACAGGAUUCAGAACCAGCGCCGUGUGAUCAACGAGCUCCGAGGUUAAGCGGGAAGAAAGGAGACAUAUCCAAAACUCCCGAUAAAUCAUUCCCUGAUGAAAUCCUUAUCUUUAAGCACCCAUGAAAUAUGAAAAAUUGAAUAUACGAGUAUUUUGAAAAUGAA